GGUGUGUGUGUGCAGGCGAUUCAGGGGUUCAGAGAGACCGAGCGGCUGCAGUGGGGUGGAGUGUGUACCUCGGUGCUGGAGAGACUCCGAGCUCUCGCCUUCCCCAGAGGAAGUCCAUUACUGGGUCCGGUUCACGUUCUGGACCUGGAUAAGACCGGUUUCAUCGCACCUCAUGUAGAUAGUGUGAAGUUCUGUGGCAGCACCAUCGCUGGUCUGAGUCUGCUGUCUGACAGCGUCAUGCGUCUGGUCCAUGAGGAGAACACAGCAGAUCAAGUUCAUCUGCUUCUACAGCGUCGGUCUCUCUACAUACUGAGAGAUGAAGCUCGGUUUAAAUUCACUCAUGAAAUCCUGAAGGAUGAGGAUUCGUUUUUCUCCGGACGGAGAAUUCCUCGGCAGCGGCGCAUCUCGGUUAUUUGUCGGAAUCUCCCACAUGGUGCUGAAUCAUUUCUCACAUGUAGGUAA